UUACUUUCUUAUCGGAACAGGAUUCCCAAAAGAGGACUUAUUUAGACAUCUACAAGAUGGAUUUGGCGGAGACAAUGAAAAGUGUUCUAGCUAAAAGCACGGGAAAUGCUAGUGGUGCAUCAAGCAGCUCCAGUGCGGCUGCACCGCACAGCGCCGAGGGAUAUGUUACAGAAAAACUGUACAUGCUGUUGCAAUUAUAUUUGCAAAAUAAGGGAUGGAGCCCUAGCAUUGAACUCUUGCAGUGUUUUAGUGAUUUAAAAGAAUCAUCAAUGCUUCCUAGUGCCGCAUACUUACAAAUGAUGGCUUCAAGGGUGGGUUUAGAUGCUCAAGGUAGACUGAUAUACCGUGAAAAUGGGAAAAUAAUUCUUCCAUAUGAACAUUUUGCAAAUGCUGUUAUGUUGAAACAUAUGAAUGGUCCACACGGACUGCAUUUGGGGUUGGAAGCUACUGUCAGGGCGGUUGUGGAGUCCUAUACUAUUGGACGGGAUCAAUUCGGAAUGGAAAAGGAAUUCAUUGUGGAAGUGGUACAAAAUUGUCCUAACCCAGCAUGUCGUUAUUACAAAAAUCAGUUGGAGAUGACACAAAAGUCCAUUCAGCAACAUUUGUCACAGCAGCCCACUUAUAUACCAGAGGCAGGCAGCACAGCUCUGCCCGAUAGCGCCGCAGUGGAGCGACUGCUGCGCGGUGCGGCGCUGCCCCAGGACUACCAGCUCCCUAUCGCCCCACACAUUGCCGCCCUCUCAAAUUUAGCCGGUGAAAAGUCAGAGCGUCGCGCAGACAAAUUGUCUCAACAGAUGUUACUACAGCAGAACAGGUCUAUGGGUCACCAGUCGUCAAUGGAUAAAUACUCACAUCAAAGGUCGAGUUCACACUCCAGCCUUGAGACCAAAUCAAAGCACCACUAUUCUGAUGAACACAAGCUUACUGAUUUCUUGAGGGCCAAUCUGGAGAGUCUGGAGUCGCUGUCGAGCGGGGGCGGGGGCGAAAGGGGCGAGCGGGGCGAAAGGGGCGAGAGGGGCGCGGGCGCGGGCGCGGCGGGCGGCCAGGAGCGCGUCGUGCGCGCCUUCGCCGAGCUGGCGCGCAACCUGCAGCGCAUGCGGCCCUGCGUGCGCCCCGCCAUGUGCAAGCCGUACGGCAAGCAGAGCGAGCAGCUGCAGAAGAUUCUGCUAGACACAAUUCAGUUGGUACAGUCGUUACGAAGCUACCUGCCUCCUCCGCACAUUCAAGUAACAUCGUGGAAGAAUGAUGAUAAGCUACGUUCGAGCAACAUGGAGGAACUUGAAAGUCGUAAAAUCGUCAGUGGCAACUAGCCUUUAAACGUAUAUUAUUCUUAACAUCUUUAAUAAUUAUAAUUAUAUUGGACAAAAAUGUCUGAAAAUGGAACAAGUUCUGAAAAUUAUCAUUUUAUUGAUUAUAUGUAAUACAAAGUACUUUUGCGUCUUUAAAAAUGAUUUAGGGUAGGGUUGCUCAUACAGCGGUUAAGGUUUUAACCGAAACUAAUUUAACCUUUUUUUGGCGCUGGGAAUUGCUUUUACGCACAAAUUCCGCCCCAAACGGCCACGGGGGUGUGGGGCUCCCAAUACGACAGAACGUGCAGACUUCUACUAAAUCCCAGCGAUGAUCUCGUCAUCAUAGUGGACGCCACGGGAUCGCUAACGCAUGCAACCGUGACACCCUGACGUUUGGCCCGCCUGUUUGGGCUAUUUAUUCCCUUUUCGCGCCUCUACAUAAUUUCACUGUGCAAUAAACCAAGUGACAUUUAUAUAAA